GGGAUCUAAACCAUCCACUUUGCAUGAAGGACUUUCUUGAGUAGUUUCACAGCUACCGAAAUUGACUCAAUUACCCCUGUCAUCCACAUGCGACUUGGUUCGACUGAAGCUCAGUUUACGCAAGAACUCGAACUGGCCAACCAUGUCAAAUCCUGCGGUCAAAUGGAGUUAAGGGUAUCCAAAGCAAACCUCACUACCGAGAUUGACUCACUCCGCCUGGAAACCCAUCACACUCCGAAGGCCCCGAUGUUUUCAGUUCCUCAAUGUGCAGUUGAAGGAAACGCGCUUCAUCUUGUUUGGCAUUCGACUGGCUCUAACCGAGACACACCACCCCUAUGUGAUCGAUUCCUUUCUGAUUACCAUCAAAUGUACGAAACUGUUCCAGGUUCGGGGGAGAACGGAGCGGCUAAACUAUCCGUCAUGAACAUUCCAACAACAUGCCCCAGUCGAUCGGAUUCUUCAAUGAACGUCAACGUGAAUAGCGUGUCCAGUUGCAGACCAAAGCAAAAUGUAGGGAGAUUGAACGGACACUUACCAGCGUCCGUUUCCGCUUACCUAUUGUCGAGUCCUGGAGUGCCAGAUAAAAUAUCAAACGGCCUGGUGGUGACCACAGUGAGUCCCAGAAAGCCUCGUCUCCAUGGUUCCUUUACUUCCAUUUCUGGUCAUACGACAAAUUCAAGAAGUGGCGAAUGGCAUAAUUGCGCUUUGGAGGAAACUGGUGCCAGCAGACCAGUCUACAAGGAGUUGGAACCUGUCACUUAUUCUCUGGAAGUGGAUGACGGUCGAGGAGGUCCUUUCAAGGUAAGCGGCGUUAUGACACAGAUGCUAAGUGCUCGCACAUUUCAUCCUUGUGUAACAGCGAACUGA